AUUUUUAUCUAAUACGCAUAUAGGUCAUUAUGAAUAGUAUCAUACCAGAACAGCUUUACAAGGAUUUUGGUAUACAAAAAUCACUCUAAAUGAUAAUUUUGAAUUCAAGAUGGCAGAUGUACGUGGUGUUGGCCCCUAUCUACUUCAAAAUGUUCUUGGAAAGGGACAAACUGGAAUUGUAAAAAUGGGUAUACACAGCACAACUGGAAAGAAAGUUGCCAUCAAAAUUGUGGACAAAUGUAAAAUACAGCCAAGUGUACUAGCAAAGGUUGAGCGAGAAAUAACAAUAAUGAAGCUUAUUGAGCAUCAUAAUGUUUUGCAAUUAUAUGAUGUUUAUGAGAGUAAAAAAAACUUAUUUUUAGUGCUUGAGUUUGUGGGUGGUGGAGAGCUGUUUGAAUACUUAGUAGGAAGAGGACGACUGUCCGUAAUUGAGGCCAAAACAUUUUUUCGACAGAUAGUAUCAGCAGUUCAUUAUUGUCACGAGCAUCUUAUAUGUCACAGAGACUUAAAGCCCGAGAACCUAUUGCUCGAUGAAAAGAAAAAUAUAAAAAUAGCAGAUUUCGGUAUGGCAUCAGUUCAAGUUGAAAAUGACUUCCUUGAAACAAGUUGUGGCUCGCCACACUACGCAUGUCCAGAAGUUGUAAGGGGUAUCCGAUAUGAUGGACGUAAAGCUGAUGCUUGGAGCUGUGGUGUAAUUUUGUAUGCGCUAGUAGUGGGCUGUCUUCCAUUUGACGAUGACAAUUUAAGAAUCUUAUUAGAAAAAGUAAAGAGUGGACGUUUUGUUAUUCCAGCAUUUGUUCCCAAGGAUUGUGUUGAUCUGUUACACAGAAUGAUUCGAGUCGAUCCACAACAGCGUUUUUCUUUGACUGAUGUAAAGAGACAUUCAUUUUUUUCAAAAGAUUCGGAAAAUAUGCCACCAGAACCUCCUCUUUGUCCUGUUGUUUCUAUAAAGCAUUUGCAAUAUGAAGAUGAACUUGAUGUUGACGUCAUUAAUAGUAUGACGUCAUUGGGUUGUUUCAAAGAUCAAUCAAAUUUGAUAAAGAAGUUACUAAAAACCGAUGACAAAAACACGGAAAAAGUUGUUUAUUUUUUGUUGUUGAAUCGAAAAUUACGGAAACCGGCUCGAGAAGAUGACGAAAGCUCCCUCUUAUUCGUUCACAAUCCAGAUGCACCGAAAAAACGCGUCGAUUCACCCAUGGCUAUACGCAAAGCAACUCAGAAUUUGUAUGAGAACAAUGCAUUAUCGAACACAAUGCCACGGAGACCACGUGCUGCCACAACAUUGGGAAGUAACUUGGAGACAGCAAAAAGUCCUGCUGUGCGUCCUUCCUCCGUUGUGAUCACUCCUCCUGGCAGUCCCUGGAGAGACAGGUUUUAUACUAUUACAAAAAGUAUAUUCAAUAAAAACGGGGAGACACAAUCACUUGAAGAUAAAGCACCUUCUCCAGCAUCAUCAGAUCAUAGCGUUAAAAGGUCUUGGUUCCCUGGCUCACUUUUUCACGUUGAUAACGCACACGAGCCUUUUAACAUUGAACUUCAUGAUCGAACCUUCUCCAGUCUAAAAGCCGAUUUGAUCCACUCAGUCUUGACGAUGCCGAAAGUGAUGCACAUUCCACUAACAAAUACAAAGUAUAAGUUAGAAUACCGUAAGAACAAAGGCAAAAAGUUUCUUCGGCCUUCACCACAACAAGCGGUAACCACGAUGGAGGUGAACAUUAAAGAAAUGAGAGAAACUGAUAAUGAUGAACAAUCAAUGCCAACGUUGAAAAUAACCAUCAGCUACAUAUCAGGUUCCACAAAAAAGUUUCGUAAAUACUGCAACAAAAUUCAUUAUGCGUUAAUUAGCAGAGGAAAGUUCAGAUCGAAUGAUGAAUCCUCGUCUAGUGUAAAAAAUUUUCUACUUGGUGAGUCAACUCAUGUUAACAGCACCCGAAGACGCGACAGCAAUGAAGAUGAGAAGGAACCGACAGGUAACCAUGACGAUGACGCGUCUGAACACAUUUACACAUUUGACGACAUUAGGACGCAGCUGACGACGACAUCGCUGAAAACUACUUCCUUGUAAAUAUUUUUUUAAUUAUGUAUAUUAUAUAUAUUUUCAAAUAAAUUUAUGAAAGCUUUCUAUGUAGGGCAAUUUUUAGAGAGAUAUAUUUUCAAAGAUUUUCACGUUUAUCAUAGUGUGUUUGUAGCUACUAAAGAAAAAUUAUAUUUAGAUAUAUUUCUAUAUAAAUAUAUAUAAAAAAUAUAAAAUAUAUAGCUUUAAUUACUUAAAAAAUCAUCAGAAUAUGUUUAUACAUCUCGGUUUCGUCGAUGGAUUAGGCCAGUGCUUCGUUUAAAAUACAUUACACAAAAACACGAGUCAAGUUUACAUAUUUCAAGUUUGAUUUUGGAACAUGUAUACUUAAAUAUGGUUUGUCAGGCAGUUUACUCUAUUAUUUAUUCAAUUGCUACGUUUCUUUUCUUGCAAUAUCAAGAUGGUUUCCAUUCGUCGAAAAUAUUUGAUUUAGUUCUUUUUACAAUCGCAUUUUUGUAACGCAUAGAAAACAGUCUUGCGUUGAUUUUCAUUUAAAUUUCUUAUGUAAUUUUUGAAGUGAUUUUUGGAACAAAAAGGGAAAUUGUAACUACACAACUGCUAAAUAAAAGUAGCAUACCAGGACUUUUUUUCCUCCGCAGUUUGUUUUUCUUUAUUUGGUUCUGAUCGGAUGUGUCAUAAAUUCUAGUAUUUUAUUGGUUGCGCUUAUAAAUAUAGUUUUGAAAAUUCAUCUAAUACAUACUCGUCUGUCCAUGAUCGAAUAUAAGUGCUUUUGAUAAAUGACGCAUGCGCACUGUAAAAAAUUAAAACUCAGUUUAUUAUUUGAUUGAAUUUUUGAAGAAGUUUUAUCAGUGGUGACAGGUUUUUUCGUCUCCGCGGUUAAUAUUUUUUACUGAUUAAUUUAUAAAUAAAUACAUAAAUAAAUAUUGA